AUGCGCAUGUCAUUCUGUCAGAACUCCGACAAUGGUAUCCGAGGCCUAGCUAUGGCGAGAUCCUUCUGGUUCGGGCUCCAUCAGCUCGGACAGAUUGUCUUCCGCAUUUCGUAUGCGACUGUUCCACAUUACGGCCGCGGAGGCGUCAUUUCCGUAAAGACUGGUGCUAAGCAACGCGGCCCGAGGUUGCUCUUGGAGAUACAUUGCGUUGCAAACGCCCCCGUAGCAGGCACACGGUCAUGUCGACGGUCUCAGCGGGAACUCAAGCGAACACGUCGACGUCCGUACAGUGUAACGUUGGUACCUGUCGGUUCGAUGGAUAGCCGCUCGGACAACGAGGUCGAAGGUUUGGUCAAUGUUUUGGCGGACAUUUCUAUCGCAUCCAUGAUCAAGAAAUUGAUUUCGAUUGCCGUUUCGUCGAAGCGCCUGCUAAAGCAGACAUCGAACCUCGACCUCGAUCCCAAGGACCGGGUACAGACCUACGGGACUACACAGAGACGGCUGAGCGAGGAAGCAGCAGGCAUGGGGCAGAAAGUGUGUCAAUCCCAGUCCCGCUUCCCCACUACAGCUAUGCGUGAGGAAGUCGGGCGCGCUAUAGGACUCAGUGCCCGUAAAGUACAGAUCUGGUUUCAGAACCAGCGCCAGAAGGCGAGGCGUCCUCGUGGACAGGCUACGACUCCUCUUACGAGACCUCCUCAAUUUGGCCCCUUUCAGAACGCGCAUCUGGGCUCGUCAUCCAGCGACAUGGCCGCUUUCUCUGGCACUUCCGCACAAGGUCACACGUCCUCCGGGAGUCAUCUAGUGCACCUUAACCCCGUCGUCGGAUAUGGACACGAAGGGACGUACCACGGCCAUCAAGAGUCGCAGAUGUCCCGCGCGCUCCCGAGAUCUGUGACUUCUCCAUAUCUAUCGGGACCCGGGAUUCCUGGUUCGGCUUCGAGCAGCAGUGCUCGCACAGAUUAUACUUUGCCGAGAGAUGCGCGGGGUGCGGCGGUCGUGCGCGAAACCCCGAGACCUUCUACCAGCUACCCUACGGUUAAUCGCGCCUCUACGUACAUCCGGCCGCGUCCCGCAACUGCGGAGGUGUCAUCCAGCGCGUCUUUCACAGCUGGAGAACAUACACUACGACAGCCUCGCCUCUCCGUUGAUUCCGGAGACACGCAACUUGACCAUCCUGUCACACUUCCUCCACUCGUCAUAGGUCCUGAACCUAACCGUCGCCAAGCCAGCACCUCACCGUUCUCUUCCAUGUCUGAAGUCUGGCGACGCUGGCACCCAUCUCCUGCAGGCGGAAUGUCCCCACGUCCUCUCGCCAUCCCGCCUCCGUUCACCUUGCAACCCCACCCUCAAUGGGAUGACCCGGCAUUCUCACCAUUUUCGCGCCCGUCUUAUCAGAUUGGUCAUCCCUCCAUCUCGAGCGCCGCUUCGGGAUACGGCAGCACAAUGCCCCCUAUUUCCCCUCCCGUAACUUCACCGUCUGCAGAGUCCCACCCCUCAUCUCUGGCACGUCACCAUCGCGCCGAGUCUGUCAGCUCUGGUAACAGCACCCGCGAGUCUCCCACACAGCAAGCCGGACGGCGCUCCUACGACUACGACAAUUUCCACGAAUGA